AAUUUUCAAAAUUGGGAGUCCUCUUUUCUGGGCCCGUUUCUCUUAUCCAACACGGAUAAGAGCCGCAGCGAAAUCCACACUUCCAACUCUUCCACCCUUCCAACUCUUUCACCCCAUCAAAUCCAUGGCUACUGCUUCUUUCGCUCCACUUUCCCACGUUUUCUCGCGACUUUCCCACAUUUCAUCUUCGAAAUCUGCAACCUCUAUUCUCCCACAUUCUUCUCCUUUCAAGAACUCCCCAAACCAACUCACUUUUAGAAGGGAGUUCCUCAAGGGACUGGCUUUGGCUCCUCUUAUUUUUAUCUCUGAGGAAGCCCUUCCUGCGCAUGCUCGAGAGGUGGAAGUAGGGUCCUACCUCCCCACAUCUCCAUCUGACCCAUCUUUCGUCCUUUUCAAAGCCUCUCCCAAAGACACUCCCGCCCUUCGCGCAGGAAAUGUGCAGCCCUAUCAGUUUGUCCUCCCACCAACUUGGAAACAAACACGUGUAGCCAACAUACUGUCUGGUAAUUACUGCCAACCCAAGUGUGCGGAGCCUUGGGUUGAAGUGAAAUUCGAAGAUGAAAAUCAGGGAAAGGUGCAGGUGGUUGCUUCUCCUUUGAUCCGCCUCACUAACAAACCCAAUGCAUCAAUUGAAGACAUUGGGAGCCCUGAGAAGUUGAUUGCCUCUCUUGGCCCUUUUGUUACUGGAAACACGUAUGAUUCUGAUGAGCUCCUGGAAACUUCAGUUGAAAAGCUUGGUGAUCAGACGUAUUACAAAUAUGUGCUUGAGACUCCAUUUGCUCUGACGGGGUCGCAUAAUCUUGCAAAAGCAACAGCAAAGGGAAAUAGUGUCGUCUUGUUUGUGGCUAGUGCAAAUGAUAAACAGUGGCAGGCAUCUCAGAAAACUCUAAAAGCCAUGCUUGAUUCCUUCCAAGUGUAGUUUUUGCCCAAGAGAAGACAAGACGGUUAUAUUUAAUUCAUUUAUUUUAAAUUUGUAUAGAUAGAAGGACUUCUGGACAAGAUCGAUAUGUUAUCAACUAUGGAAUUUUUGGUUCUGUUCGAUCCAAAUCCCUCCCCAUCCCUCCCCAUCCCUACCUACCCAUAAAAGCAUGAAAGGAGAUUCACACUCCCUUUUGGCUUUAAGAAUUUGAUCUACUGGUUUAUGGAUGAUUCUACAAAUUUGCAUUCAUGACA